AUGCAAUUUUAACAAGGAUCCAAGAGCCCAAAAUAAAAGAAUGCUCCACAAAAGAAAACAAUAUUUCAUUAAGAUAUGCAUCCUCAGGAUGGAUAGGAGAAAGAAGAUGAUAAAAAUGAGAAGAAUAUUCAAAAGAGUAGAUUUGUAAAUUAUAUGAAAAUUUUAAUCCAUCAAUAACAAAAUGUUAAUUUGAGAGAGAGUAUAAUUAGUUUGAAAAAGCGAAAAACCUUGGAAGGAUUUUCAGGUGAAACCCCAGUUUCAAUUCAGUAAUGUUUCUCUUUUCUAAGUUCUGCAAUUUAAAAUGCAAGAAGUUUGAGAUCACUUGACCUAUCAGGAAUGGAAAUCGAUCCCCUUUUAGCGAUAGAAUUGGGCUAAGGACUGUAAAAAAAUUCUUCUUUAUACGAAAUCAACCUUUCUGGAUGUAAAUUAAAUAGUUUUAGCUUACAAUAUAUAUUUUCAUCAAUAUCCAAUCACCAAACUUUAUAGUCAAUCAAUUUGUUUAAUAACCAAGGCUUUAAUAUUGAUCUAAUGAAUGAUAUAAACUAAUUUGUUUUUAAAGGGAAAAACAAUUUAAAAAAACUAAAAUUAACUCAUUGCAAUAUCUCAAGUACUGCUAUGAGUUAUCUGUUGAGAAACCUUAAAUACUCUCGAUCGAUAAAUGCUAUUGAUAUUUCAAUGAUGCAAUUCACUACUGAUGUAUUAACAAGUUUGGGGAUGGCACUGCAGCAUUUUAAAGGAAAAAAGGUCCUCGAGUAUUUAAAUAUUGGAGAUACUAAUAUAAAAAAUCAAGGGGUCGAAGUCUUGGCUUAAAGAGUAAGUUGGAAUAUGAGGAAGAUCAACUUGAAAGAACUUAACAUAAGAAGAAACUUUAUCAAUCAAUCAGGAGUUCAGCAUUUAGAAACAUUUCUAAGAAAAAUUAAUAACCUAUAAAAGUUAGAUUUAUCACAAAAUCAAAUAGAGGAAUUUAAUUGCUAAAACUUAUUAUCAAGGAAAAUGUAUGAAGUAAAUUUAAGUUCUAACUUAAUUUCCUGUUUCCCUUAAUAGUUUUUCUUGAACACUCUGGUUAUCAAUUUAACAAAUAACAAUAUCACAAGUAAUGGAGCAUUUUAAUUGUCAAGUAUUUUAAGGUAGAACCCUCUUUGGAUAGAACUCAAUCUUUCAAACAAUCAAAUAAAGAGUGAAGGAUUCAACUCUCUUAUAUUUGGACUUAGGGAUAAUAAAAUGCUAAAGAAAUUUAUUGUAGCUAACAAUAAUUUGGAUGGUGAAGCCAUAAUCACAUAUAUGAUUAAUCAUGAAUAAGUUUAAUUUGAACAUUUGGAUGUAUCUUAUAAUAAAAUAAGAUAUGCUUUGAUAUUUUUUCUGUUAAAAUUCAUUAAAAGUGGAUGUCUUCGCUGCUUUCGAUGCUAAUUUUAAUAAAAAUAGUAAAAUGAAUUAUGGGACAUUAAUCAAAAUUUUUCAUCAUUACUUGAAGAGGAGAAGACAGUUAAAUCUGCUUAAAAUUAAUUUUAAUUGAUAUCAUUUAACCUAAGAGAACUAGAUUUUUCAAAAAAUGCGAACAUUUUUACUCCUGUUAUUAGCUCUUUAGCAACAUACUUUAAUAAAAUAGAAAUCUUAGAUCUAUCAUCUUGUAAGCCUGUAACAGAAUAGGAUUUAGAUUUGUUGUGUGUAUUCCUAAAAAAAUCUACUGUUGUACAUGAUUUAAAUUUAAGGGAUUUAAAUAUAGGGAGCUUAAAUUUAUAAAUUCUUAAGAAAUUAAGGGAUUGCGUUCUAAAUAGCAGUCUGAAAAAAUUAGAUCUAAGCUAAAACCAACUAUUUAAAAUAGCUAAUUAAUUCAAAUAUGAUGAAAUAAUCACAAACUUCAAACUUGAGAGUAUAGAUUUGAGUUAUAAUGGGCUUUAGUCUACCCAUACCAGUUAUAUAGAAAUAAUAAUAUCAUCUUAUAGGAAUCUAUCGUUCUUAAACCUAUCUCAUAAUAACAUCAACUUUACAGGAUUAAUAGCAAUUUCUAGAAUUAUGUCUGAGAAUAAGUGCUUAAAAAGUUUAAAUCUUUCACAUCAAUAAAUGAGUGCUGAUGAUUUUCUAAUUUUAGGGUAGAUAAUUUGUAUUGAAAAUCUUUAAUAUCUCAAUUUAUCUGAUAACCCCUAAAUGAAGAAAUUGAAAACGUUUUUCAACUUAUGUUAGACCGAGAAAAUGGAGCUUUUAUAAUUAUCCGACAUACAUUUAGACUAAUCCAAUUAAAAGAAUCUUUAAAAAAUAGUCAAAAAAUAAAAAAGGAAUAUUUUAGGAGUUACUUUCAAUCAUUGUAGUUUCAGUCAAAGUGGUUAUGAAAAAUUUGGAAUGCAGUUAUUAAAAUGCAAGCAAUUAUAAAUGUUUUCUAUGUAAUUUAAUCCAUUAAUGUAUGUUGAUUUAAAUAAGGCUUCAGCAUUGUUAAACUAUUUUAAAAAUUUGAAAAUAUUAAAAUAUAAUUAAGUCACUUUUACUGAUGAAUCCUUUGUUCAUGCCAAAAAUUGGCUGUUAAAUCCAGAGACUUGUAGUUUAACUACGUUGGAUAUUAGUGAUAAUGUUCUAAAACAAGAAUGGCUAAAUGAAUUAAGUAUUGGAAUUUAAGGAAACAAAACAGUCUAAAAUUUAUUUUUGAAUAAAUGCAAUCUCGGAAGUUUUAACUUAGAGCCCUUUUGGGAAGCUCUUUCAAUGAGUUCUACAAUAAGAAUUGUGUCUAUAGCUAAUAAUAACAUCAUAAAUAACCUAUGUAACAAUAAAUUUGUAGCUGUUUCAGAGUAUAAAGGCAAACAAUUUGAAGAACUUAACUUAUCUGACAAUCCUUUGGAUGAAAAGGAAUUAAUAUAAUUUUUUACUCCUCAAGCAUUAAUAAAUAAAAAAAAACAACCUAUAGUAAUAAAACAACUCAAUUUAUCGAAUUGUAAAUUGAAAAUAAGUUUUUUUGAGAAUCUAAUAAUAGAACAUCAAAUUUAUAAGGAAUAAUUCUUAUUUUCGCAAAUCAUGAGUUUGUCUUUAAGCAACAAUUAGUUAGACGAUUCUUUUGGAGAGUUAUUGAAAUAAACAAUAGCUUAAUCAACCAUAUUGAAGGAAUUAUAUUUGUAGUAAAACUUCUUUACCUGUAAGGGCAUGAUCUAAAUUCUUGAGGGUAUUUUUGAGUCAUAAACAAUCAAAACAAUCAAUAUUAGUGAUAAUAAGGUUGGUGAUCAAUUUGCUAAGAAACUUGAUGAAUUAAAAUUUCAUAAAUGCUCGAUUUAGUUUUUGUUAUUAAGAGACAAUAAAUUUUAGAAAGAAGGUUUAAAAAUAUUAGCAUAAAUUCUUUAUUACUAAAAGGAUCUAUUUAUUGAUAAUAUAUGGUAGGAUUUAGAUGAUGAGGAUGCAGAUCUAAUUUUAGAAUAAUACACUAGAAUUUGUUAAAAGUAUCGUCUAGAUUAAACAACGUUGCCCUCUUUUCUAAAAGAAAUUCAAUUAUCAAAAUCCAAUCUUACUGAUAAAUUUUGUGAAUCAUUUGGAAAAUACUAUCCACUUUUGGGGUUCAUUGAAUUUAUUGAUGUUUCAGAUAAUCCAUGUAUAACAAUGUAUGGAAAAGUCUAUCUAUUUUUCCAUCUAUUCGAUUACAGUUAUGAAAAGCAUUAGUUAAGGGCUCUACAUAUAUCUGAUUCUCAAGAAACCAGAAAAGUAUUUGAUGACGGACUUUUGCGUUAUUUAACUUUGAGAUUUAGGAAUUUUCUAUUAGGGCAGGCUAUGAGAAAAGCAAAACCACUAGCGUAAUAAGAGAGCUCUUAGAAAUAAAUAGAGAAAAUAUUUGGGGGCCUGUUUGGAUCUUGGCUUAUACAUAAGAUAAAUAAAUUAAUGACUUACUUAGACUUGAUCGAGCCAUAAAUUUUUAUAGUUAGUACUCUUUUUAUUGGUAAAUUUAGAAGAAACAACAUAUAUAUAAAGAUUUUGGUUGUUCUAUUUUGGAUUGGAUAUGUCUUAGUAAAUAUUUCUUAAUUUUUUAAAUUAUUUGUUUAUAACGGUAAUAAGGAUGCCUUAACAGGACAUCCUAAGGACAAUUAAUAAACAAUAUCAGUUUUUUUCAUGGAUUUUAUUUAUGCUUGUUCGAUAGUAAUUGUAAUUUUUAUUAUUGAAAUAUUGGAAUUAAUCCUAACAGUAGCUUUAAGAAGAAAAAUAUAGCCUGCAUUGUAAAUUAUACAUCCUAAAAUGCUGGACCAUCUUCAUACUAGAUUUCCACACAAACGAGAAAUAUUUUUAAUGAUUUACUCUAUAGCCAGUAAAUCAAGUACAUUGCUUGAGAGAAUAUUUUUUGCUUCCGUAAUGAAUAUAAGUGAUGAUAAUUUAGAUUUAGACAUUUCAAAUUAUAAGAUUACAUUUAGCAUUGUUAUCUUUGUAAGAUUUGCUGAUUCCCUCAUCAUAACCUUAAUAAAUUUAAUAAAAUUUAUAUUUGCUACUCCAAGUGAUGAUUAAGCUAAAUAUUUAUCAUUAUUGUAAAGGACUCUUUACUAUUAAAAUUAUUUUAUCUCAAGCGAUCUUUUAGUAACUUUGUGUCCAGUUCAAGGAUAUCAAUUUACAAAAACUAUAAAAGUAAAUUACGAAAUUAUUAUCGAAACUUAUAGGAUGAUUUUUAUAGAAUUAGUUUUAUUCAUUUUUGUAUUGAUUUUCACCUCAAAUACUAAAAUGAUUGAGCUGUAUAAUUCGAUUGAUCCAAAUUGGCCAAUAAUGUUAUUAUGGAAGACAUUUCUCCUUGCAAAAUGCGUAAUAUCUAUAAUCUUAUCCCUUUUUAAAAUUUUAACUGUCAGACCUGCUGUUGUCAAAUAAAACGGAUUUAAUUAAGCUUUAGCAAUAAAAAGAUUUCAUUCAAAUAAAAAUUAAUUUGUCAAACCAUAAAACAUUCAAAUUGAAUAGAACUUAUAAAAAAUUGACCAUGAAUUAAAAGCAAAGUAGCAAUAAUAAAGGCAAUCCUCAAGAGAACUUGAUUAAAAAAGAGAAAUAAAACUAUAAAAUAAAAUUUAAGAAAUUGAUAGGAUUGAUGAAGAAGAUGAUGUUUUAAUAAGCAAGUACACUUCUAAUUUUGAUUCUUCAAAUAAUUCUUCAUCUUCCGAUUUAGAAAUAUUGGACCCCCCUCAACACCCUUUAAGUAAUGCUAUUCCUAAGCUUAAAUAUAAUAUAUGA